AUGAAUUCCUCCUUGGUGGCGGCUUGUAAUGCUGCGAGCUUCAACCCUUCUAUCUUUGGUGGCGAGAUUCUCUCCGUUGAGGCGAACCUAGUGUCCAACUACAGCGCAAAUGCUCCCGACGCUUUCAGAUAUGUCGCACCUUCGGUACAGCUAAAGAACGCCAGUUUCUGCAACAUCACCGUCUCGUACACCCACCCCGGACAGGGCGAUAAUAUCAUAAUCGAGUCUUGGUUCCCAGUAAGUAAUUGGAAUGGUCGCUUCCAAGCCGUUGGUGGCGGUGGCUGGGUAGCCGGACGAUUCGCCAUAUCCUAUGGAGCUAUGGUCGGCGCACUUGCAGACGGGUUCGCGACCACCACAACAGACGCUGGGCUAGGCGCCGCCCCAGAUGCCAAUCCAUGGGCUCUUGAUAGUCCCGGAAAUGUGAAUCUAUACAACUUGCAGAAUCUGGGCUCGGUUUCUCUCAAUGACCAAGCCCUCAUUGGAAAAGCUCUUAUAAGCAGUUUCUAUGGUAGGGCUCCGGAGUAUUCCUAUUGGACCGGUUGCUCCCAGGGUGGUCAACAGGGUCUUAUGAUAGCUCAACGAUACCCAACAGCAUACGAUGGCAUCAUCGCUGGGGCACCCGCAAUCUAUUGGACAGAGAUGUUACCAAGUCUCCAAUGGUCACAGCAAGUAAUGGCUGAGCUCGAUUACUACCCUUACGGCUGUGAAAUUGACGCCAUUACCGCUGCAGCAAUCUCGGCCUGCGAUAACCUCGACGGCGUUGUGGAUGACGUCAUCGCUUGUCCAGAUAGCUGUCUGGCUACAUUUAACCCCUUUUCGGUUGUUGGCCAGAACGUCAAGUGCACCCAAACCAAUGGCACAGAGGUGAGAAUCAGCGAAGAAGCCGCAAUAGUGGUAAACUCUACCUGGAAUGGGAUGACAAUGAGGAAUGGAAAGCAAAUCUGGUAUGGCCUGAAUCCUGGUUCCGAUCUGACUGGUGAUUCGCCGGGAAUUGAUAAACAACCUGGAGUUGCAGCAACAACUUGCAACGAAACUGGUUGCGUUGGUGUCCCCAGUUCUCUUGGUUUGCAAUGGAUUCAGUUGUUCGUGGCGAGAAAUCCGGACAAAGACUGUACGAAUCUGACCCGAACUGGGUUUGAUGACUUGGCCCACGCAGGUAUACAACAAUACAGUUCCAUCAUCGGUACAACAGACCCGGAUCUGUCUCGGUUUCAAGAAGUCGGAGGGAAGAUAAUUUCUUUCCAUGGACUAGCCGACAAUGUGAUCCCCACCAAGGGUACUGAGCAGUAUUACAAUCGGGUAUUCGACCUUUUACCAAACGUGCACGACUUCUAUCGAUAUUAUGAAGUACCCGGUCUCAGCCAUUGCUUCGGAGGGGCAAGCGGCCAGCCGGACCAACUUUUCAGCCAGCUGCGCAACUGGGUCGAGAACGGUACAGCGCCGGAGAGCUCGCCGGUCAAGCUCACUGUAGCUGAAAAGACACAUGACCGCAUUCUAUGUCCAUAUCUGCAGGUAGCCCGCCUAAAUCCAGCCUGUGGUGAUGCCGCAAAGGCUAGCUGUUGGUCAUGUGUAGGUCCACGUACCUCCGAGUCCACGCUCGAUGAAAUCUAA